AUGGGCCCCCCUAAGUGGUGGCAGCUGUGUUUAUCGCUAAUAGCUGCCACUCUAUGUCAGAUAGCUGCUGGAUCCGCAAAUCUAUUCUCGCUAUAUGCUCCACAACUAUCUGAACGACUGGGCUAUUCCCAAACCGAAACGGCUACUGUUGCCGUAUCUAUGAAUCUGGGAAUGUAUCUAUCUGGUGUCGUGGUUGGGCAUUACGUGGACAAGUACAGAGAAAACCCUGCCCCAAUCUUUCUCAUGGCUGCAUUCCUGUUAUCUGCUGGUUAUGCUCUUAUGAGCGUUGUAUUUAGUGGUGCUUUGGAGGUCGACUUUCGUGGUGAACCCGUGUCAACACAUUUCGUGGCAUAUGCCGGAUAUGCUGCCAUUGUCGGAAUCGGAAGUUGUUUGUGCAAUCAGACCAGUAUAGCUGGCAACCUAAGAAACUUUCCACCAACAUGGAGAGGAUUAGCCGUAGGCAUACCUAUGGCGUUUUAUGGGCUAUCGGCCUUGGUAUUCUCCCAAGUCGCCAAGUAUGCCUUUUAUGAUGAAGCUGAUGGUCUUCAACCAGCUACAUUGGAUGUAUCUAGUUUCUUAAUGUUUAUUGGAUGCGUAUCUGGCAUCAUUUGUAUAUUUGCUGCUCUAGUAUUACAGGACUUUACUGGAACCGGUGGUGAUAUCAUCGCCAAGGAUGUAGACACUGCCUCUCCAUACCAUCAUACCCACCAUCAUCAUAGUAGUAGCGGACAUCAUACCCCACCUAGAGAUCUAGCAUGGACUGAACGGUCUCCCCUAAGAGGAACUUCCAUGAUACAACCCAUAACAACAACACUGCCGUCCUCGUCAUCAUCAGCAUUAGUGCAUAAUACAAGGAAUAGUAGGCCGACGUCAGCUCGUCCAGAGCUGUUUAGAGAAGGAUAUACACUACCGCCACCACCACAACAACAAUCAUUAUCUAAUGGCAACUCAUUACCCACUUCAUACCAAGGUGCUCUAGUGGUUGGUUCAUCAUCAGCGAAAUAUGGUGGCAGUAGUGGUGCUACUGGUAGCACGUAUGGUAGUAUAGAUGUUAGACCUAGAGGACCAGAACGAACAGCUACAAUCGUGGUCGAAGAAGAUUUAAGUAAUGAUGAAGACGUGUCGUGUUUUGUACAGUUGGACGCCUAUUUAUUGGCCUUUAUCAUGUUUUCGUUGGCUGGAGUGGGUCUCAUGCAUAUAAAUAAUGUUGGUGCAGUAAUUCUAGCAUUGGCACCACCACCAGCCAAACCAUCAUCACCCGCCGUCCAAGCAGCACAAUCUCUGCAUGUAUCAUUGAUAUCGGUCUUUGGCUUUAGUUCACAAGCAAUUGUCGGAGCAUUCGCAGAUGCAGCUCAUCGCAUGUUUAAGCUAAACCGUCUAAUAUGGAUGUUUCUCGCUGCACUCUUGUUGGCAGCUGGGUCCUUUUGGGCGGCUGCUUGGGUGGAUGAUCUACCGUCCUUGGUAUGGGUGACUGCUCUCAUUGGAGCUGGAAAUGGCGCUGCUUGGUCGGCUGCACCCAUGCUUGUUGGAGACUUUUUCGGGCAGAAGAGGUUUGCUACACACUUUGGUUGGAUGACACUCUCACCAGCUUUCGGAGGACAAGCACUAUCGCUAAUAUUCGGUGCUGUUUUCGAUGCAGCCAAAACCAAUCCAUCAAUGCCAGACUUGCGAGGAGACUUUGAAGAAUGUAGAGGAUUAGAUUGCUUUGUCCCAUCAUAUUGGAUUGCCACAGUCCUUUGCUGUCUAUCUCUGGGUCUCACUAUAAUCCUAUGGGUUCGUCGAGGCAAACGUAUAUCAGGACUUGGUGGACCAGUAUCGAGAGUCGGUGUUCUAAGGAGGGGCUUCGCCUGA